CAAAUAAUUCAUUCUGGAGAAAAACCUUACAAGUGCUCACACUGUGAAAAGAGUUUCACUAAUUCACAAAACCUGAAAACACAUGAGAGAAUUCAUACUGGAGAAAAACCUUACAAGUGCUCACACUGUGAAAAGAGUUUCACUCAGUCAGAAAACCUGAAAACACAUGAGAGAAUUCAUACUGGAGAGAAACCUUACAAGUGCUCACACUGUGGAAAGAGUUUCUCUCGGUCAGAACACCUGAAAACACACAACAGAAUUCACACUGGAGAAAAACCGUACAAGUGCUCACACUGUGAAAAGAGUUUCUCUUUGUCACAACAACUGAAAAUACACGAGAGAAUUCAUACUGGAGAAAAACCUUACAAGUGCUCACACUGUGAAAAGAGUUUCACUCAGUCAUAUAAUCUGAAAACACAUGAGAGAAUUCAUACUGGAGAGAAACCUUACAAGUGCUCACACUGUGAAAAGAGUUUCACUCUUUCACAACACCUGAAAACACACAAAAGAAUUCAUAGUGGAGAAAAGCCAUACAAGUGCUCACACUGUGAAAAGAGUUUCACUAAGUCACAAAACCUGAAAACACACAAGAAAAUUCAUACUGGAGAAAAACCUUACGAGUGCUCACACUGUGAAAAGAGUUUCACUCAGUCAGAACACCUGAAAACACACGAGAGAAUUCAUACUGGAGAAAAACCUUACAAGUGCACACACUGUGAAAAGAGUUUCACUAAGUCACAAAACCUGAAAACACACGAGAAAAUUCAUACUGGAGAAAAACCUUACAAGUGCUCACACUGUGAAAAGAGUUUCACUCAGUCAGAACACCUGAAAACACACGAGAGAAUUCAUACUGGAGAAAAACCUUACAAGUGCACACACUGUGAAAAGAGUUUCACUAAGUCACAAAACCUAAAAACACAUGAGAAAAUUCAUACUGGAGAAAAACCUUACAAGUGCUCACACUGUGAAAAGAGUUUCACUCAGUCAUAUAAUCUGAAAACACAUGAGAGAAUUCAUACUGGAGAAAAACCUUACAAGUGCUCACACUGUGAAAAGAGUUUCACUCAGUCAGAACACCUGAAAACACACGAGAGAAUUCAUACUGGAGAAAAACCUUACAAGUGCUCACACUGUGAAAAGAGUUUCACUCAGUCAUAUAAUCUGAAAACACACAAGAAAAUUCAUACUGGAGAAAAACCUUACAAGUGCUCACACUGUGAAAAGAGUUUCACUAAGUCACAAAACCUGAAAACACACGAGAAAAUUCAUACUGGAGAAAAACCUUACAAGUGCUCACACUGUGAAAAGAGUUUCACUCAGUCAGAACACCUGAAAACACACGAGAGAAUUCAUACUGGAGAAAAACCUUACAAGUGCUCACACUGUGAAAAGAGUUUCACUCAGUCAUAUAAUCUGAAAACACAUGAGAGAAGUCAUACUGGAGAGAAACCUUACAAGUGCUCACAUUGUAAAAAGAGUUUCACUCUUUCACAAAACCUGAAAACACACAAGAGAAUUCAUACUGGAGAAAUGUACGACUGCUCUUCAUGUGGGAAAAGUUUCAACAAAGCAAGUAAUCUACAUAGACAUGUAAAAAAGUAUUGCCCAAAUAGUCACAGUUAGUGGUCAACCAAUAUGGGUUUUUCAAUGGCAGAUACCAAUAAGCUGUAGAGCAUUUUAGCCAAUGGCCGAGAACUACCAAUAUACGUAAUGCAUUUUAACAACAGCAUGUACACAAUAUUUCUUAAGAUAAACAAAAACAAGGGAAAGUUAACACUUCUGUUUAUUGGUCAAGCGAACACGGUUAUUGGCCAAUGACGAUAAUUGCAAAAUGGCAAAUUUUAUAUCAACUGAUAUAUCGGUCUAUCAUUAGUCACUGUUAGCAAAAUUAUCUUCAGGUGAUAUCAAGUAAAUUGUUUUAAAUUCGGAUAAACCCAGAGAUGGAAUUACUCCCAAUAGAGCAGCUACAUCAAAGAUAUUAACAAAGAACAUUUAAAAAAAAAAAAAAAGGCUUUGGCUAAGUUCACACUGCAGCUGAAUGUGGCCCAAAUCUGAUUUUCUGCUCAAAUCAGAUUUUUUUUUUUGUUGUUGUAAGGUUGUUCACAUAACAUUUUAAAUAUAGCCCAUAUCAGACACUGGUCUGAACAGUUGAUGCUCAUUAAUGGACCAGUUCAUACGGUGUCAAGAAAAAGUAUUUGAAGCCUUUUGAAUUGGCUGGUUUAGCAUUCACAGUGCUGUGGAAAAAGUAUGUGGAUUUAAUAACUGACCGAUCCUCAUUUAGCAGCAGUAACCUCAACCAAGUGUUUCCAGUAUCUGCAGAUUAGACCUGCACAACAUUCAGAAGGAAUUUUUGACAAUUUUUCCUUACAGAACUGCUUUAGCUCAGCCAUAUUCUUAGGAUGUCUGGAGUGAACGGCUCUCUUGAGGUCAUUUCACAGCAUCUCUAUUGGGUUAAGGUCUGGGCUCUGACUGGGACUUUGUUUUUAAGCCAUUCUGUAGUGGAUUUACUUCAAUGUUUACGGUCAUUGUUCUGCUGCAUCACCCAACUUCUACUGAUCUUCAGCUGGCACACAGCCACCCUGACAUUAUCCUGUAGGAUAUCUUGAUAAACUUGGGAAUUCAUUUUUCCCCUCAAUGAUGGCAAGCGGUCAAGGCCCCAAAGCAUCAAAGCAGCUCCAAAUCAUGAUGUUCCCUCCACCGUAAUUCACCGUAGGGAUGUUUUCAUGAUGUUAUGUGGUGCCCUUUUUACGCCAUAUGUAGUGUUGCGUGUUCUUUCCAAACAACUCAACCUUAGUUUCAUCAGUCAACAAAAAAUGUUCCCAGUAGCAUUAUGGAGUGUCAAGGUGGUCUUUGGCAAACUUCCGAUGUGCAGCAAUGUUUUUGUUGGAAAGCAGCAGCUUCCUUCGUGUUCUUCUGCCAUGGACACCAUGCCUGUUUAAUGUUUUCCAUAUAGUAGACUCAUGAACAGAGAUGUUUACCAGUUCCAAUGAUUCCUUGAAGUCUUUAGCUGUCACUCUAGGGUUCUUUUUUACCUCACUGAGCAUUCUGCGGUGUGUCCUUUGAGUCAUCUUGGCUGGACGGCCACUUCUAGGGAGAGUAGCCACAGUACUAAAUCAUCUCCAUUUAUAGAACAUUUGUCUAACUCUAAUUAGCUUUUGUUGACAUCAUUAGUCUUGGGGUUUACAUACUUUUUCCAACCUACACUUUGAAUAGUUGAAUGAUGUAUUCAAUUUGUACAAGAAUAAUACAAUCAUUUGUGUGUUCCUAGUUAAAACAGAUUGUGUUUGUUCAUUAUUGUAACUUAGGGUGUGUUCACACUUGUAGUUCGGUUCUCUUGGUUCUCUUGGUCCGGACCAAAAAAUAAAAUUAUACAUUUAGUCCUGGUUCGCUUAGCGUUCACACUGGCAUUUUUAACACCGAACCUAAAGAUACAAAACAAAAGGCAUCAGAAAAAAGUCACAACCUGAUUGGACAGCUUUUAUGACGUGUAUUUUGAGACGGAACUUGCUGAACAUCCAGAACAAUGCUGGCUGCUGGGCUAAAUGCGCUCGUUAGAUUUAUAUAUGUAUAUAUGGUGGUAUUUUUACCAGCCGAGAACAAACGAAGAGCUAAUAAAAUGUGUUCAGGAGUCAAAAUAGCGGCAGGAAUUCCUCCGUUGCACACACAAACAAAGAUAUGCUUCAAGGACAGCUGACGGCAGUUCCGACGCCUGUACCAAACUGUAAUGGGCAACAUAGCUCCUAUGAUGAGAAGAACCAGGUAUGCUUGAGGUCAGUAUUAGGCAAAUUACUUCCUGUUAUUGGUCCGUUUAUACGCCUUUGGUCCAUGCUGCGUUCAUAUAUCAGUCGAACCGCACCAGAGUUCGUUUGGAAGUGGACCGAGACCCACUAUUCAGGCGUUUUCGGUCCGCUUGUUUGGUGUGCACCAAGGUUCGGAUGGCAGCGUUCACACUUGUUCAGAUUAACCGCACUAACAGAGCAAUUGCACGAGAGUUCGUUUUAAUCUAACCAAACCUGCCAAGUGUGAUCACACCCUUAGAUGAUGGUCUAACCAGAUUUUAAGACAAAUUUAUACAUACAGUUGAAGUCACAAGUUUACAUAUACUUUGGCCAAAUACAUUUAAACUCCGUUUUUCACGAUUCCUGACAUUUAAUCGUAGAAAACAUUACCUGUCUUAGGUCAGUUAGGAUCACUACUUUAUUUUAAGAAUGUGAAAUGUCAGAAUAAUAGUAGAGAGAAUUAUUUAUUUUAGCUUUUAUUUCUUUCAUCACAUUCCCAGUGGGUCAGAAGUUUACAUACACCUUGUUAGUAUUUGGUAGCAUUGCCUUUAAAUUGUUUAACUUGGGUCAAACGUUUUGGGUAUCCUUCCACAAGCUUCUCACAGUAAGUUGAUGGAAUUUGGCCCAUUCCUUCAGACAGAAAGGUUUCUAGGCCUCCUUGCUCGCACACACUUUUUCAGUUCUG